CACUCACUGCUCAACUUUCCGGCUGCGAGAUGCGUUCCUUCGUGAUUUUCGCUGCUUGCUGCUUGGCAGUCGCUUCGGGCGACAUUGGGCUGAAACUUCGUCAGGCAGCGGAAGCCCGUGCGACCAGCUAUGACGUCGGACAGCAGUCGGUAUCGGUAGACUACGCGCCGACCGUCUAUCAGGAUACCGUCGGUGGUGCUGAUGUGGCGGGAGCGGACAGUCGCUCUGAUUUUGGUGGUGCGGUCGCAUACGGUGGAGCCGCCUCGUACGCUGGAGCUGCCUCGUUCGGUGGGGCCGCCACCGGCACGUCUGGGUUCGGUGGUGAAGCAACGUCCGGUUCAACCUCGGACGAGUAUCAGGCCGGCUAUCAGGCAGGACUGCGUGCGGGAGCGUCAGCCGGUGCGUCGGCUGGUGCGUCCGCGGACUCAUCCGCCGGUGCCGGGGCCUCUGGGGCACGUUUCGGAGGAUCCAGUGCCUUCAGCGGAGCCUCGGCUUCGGCCUCUGGAAGCGGAUUCGGUGCGAACGCUGGCGCUACGGCCAACAGCGCUGCCCAGGCUCAGGUCCGCUAUGCCGCUCCGGUCGUCCAGAAGCACUUCUACUACCACGUCGCCCCGGAAGACCCGAAGGCCGCCGCCGAAGCUGAAACGUUGACCAUUACGCCGCGCAAGCACUACAAAAUCAUCUUCAUCAAGGCGCCGUCGGCCAGUGCCAGUGCCGGAGCCGCAUCCCGGGCUGCCAGCCAAACCGAGGAGAAGACCAUCGUCUACGUGCUGGUCAACAAGCCGUCCCAGGCGAAGGCGGGUGCCGUUGCCGAUGCCAGCUCGUUCUCGUCCGGCAAACCGGAGGUCUACUUCAUCAAGUACCAGGGUAAGGAUGCGGCGGGCAGCGCUAGUGCUAGUGCUGGUGCCAGCGCCUUCGCCGACGCUGGAGCAACUGCGUUCAACGACGCCAACGGAGGUGGCGCUGGGUUCAACUCCGGGUUCGGCGGUUCCUUUGCGGCUAGUGGUGCCCAGAGCGGUUCCGCCGCCAGCUACGAUCCCGUCCUCGGUGGGCGCUCGGACGUGUCCGGCGUGGCAAACGGAGCAAGCGGCUUCAAUGCUGGCUUCAACAGCGUCGAUGGUUUCGCCGGAGCUUCCGCUGGGGCGUCGGCUUCGGCUGGAGCGGUCGCUUCUGUAGGUGCUGUUGAUGAUACGGUCGUGUACUAG